GCCAGAGAAGAAGAAAUACAGGAAGUGAAGUGAUUUCGCGGGAAUUUUCGCUGUCACGGACUGGAUGUAUUACCUGUAAAGUGUCUCAACAGCUGAUUUAAAACCGAUAAAACGGAAUCAGGACCUUUCUGUUUUCAAAGGUACAGUCUUUAUAGUGUCUUUGUUAGUUUAGCAGCUCAUAAAUCUCCGUGUUUUCAGUAAAUAUUUGGCGCUCUCGCUGAAAACUACAACAGCUAUCAUGCUAGCUUGUUUACAAACUCUCGCGGUACAUUUUCAUUUUAAACGUAUAAAACUGUAAACUUAUCUCCUGUUUUCUGUCUUUUCUUCUACUUUAGCACAGUCAUGUUCUCCGAACUGAGCUCCCAGAGGCCCGGUUCCUCUCUGCUGUCCCGGCCCGGUUCCUCCGAGGAUCAGGGCCCGCGGUUCGAGAGGAUGUCCCCGGACUACGGAGUCUGUUCGGACCGGUACCGGGUCGGAGAGAGGAACUUCAGCCGGCAGUACGCUCAUAUAUAUGCGGUUCGGUUAAUGCAGAUGAGACCUAUACUGUCCGAGAGAGCCGAGCAGAGGUGGGGUGAGUCCAGAGGAACAAAAACACUACUGAGAUAAAAACAACAGAAUGAAGAUAUAUAUAUAUAUAUAUAUAUAAUUAAUAUAAAUAAACAUAAACAACAUUAACCAGCAGAGGUGGGGUGAGUCCAGAGGAACAAAUACACUACUGAGAUAAAAACAACAGAGUGAAGAUAUAUAUAUAUAUAAUUAAUAUAAAUAAACAUAAACAACAUUAACCAGCAGAGGUGGGGUGAGUCCAGAGGAACAAAAACACUACUGAGAUAAAAACAACAGAAUGAAGAUAUAUAUAUAUAUAUAUAAUUAAAUAUAUAUAAUUAAAUAUAAACUACAUUAACCAGCAGAGGUGGGGUGAGUCCAGAGGAACAAAUACACUACUGAGAUAAAAACAACAGAAUGAAGAUAUAUAUAUAUAUAUAUAUAUAAUUAAAUAUAUAUAAUUAAAUAUAAACGACAUUAACCAGCAGAGGUGGGGUGAGUCCAGAGGGAAAAUAACUACUUUAUUAUAAAUAAUUAAACAUAAAAACAACAUUAUCAGGAGAGGAAAAUCACUACUGAGAUAAAAACAACAAUGAAAAAAUAAACAACAUAAUGAAGAAUUAUAAACAACAUUAACAGGAGAUGAGAAUAACUGAGGAGUCUGAGGACAAUUUCUGUUUCUGCAAAACACUUAAAUUUCAGGUGUGCAGGGAGGUGGGCUCCAAAAAUAUACUGUAGUAAUAAUAAUAAUGAUAAUAGUUAAUAAUAGUUCAUAAUAAUAAUAGUAGUUAAAUCAGACAAGACACAUGAAGUUUACAAAGUGCUUUGAUAAACAGUCGUAAAGCUCAGAACAUCAGCACAUGGAAAUAAAAACAAAAGCUCAGUUAAAAACAAAACCUCUGAAUUAAAGACCAAUUUCAUUUUUCAUAAGAAACUCAGACAAUCCAGGAACCCUACAACAUAAACUGAGACCAUGAGGACCAAAAUAAAUACAUAAAAUAGGUAAGAAGAAGAAAUGUAACAAAAAGAGGGGGGUAGAGAGCAGGAAACAGGAUAGUAAAUAUAAAAGAGGAUAUUAAUAAUGAUAAUCAAAUCAUGAUGGUAAUAGUUAUGAUAAAAUGAAAUGAGCAGAAGAAAACAAUAGAAACAUUAAAAGACCUAAAAGGUAAAAUAAGCUAAGAUUAUAAUUAAAACAAAGAGACAAGAAGUCGAAAUAAGAGAGGUAAAAGAAAAACUAUCCCAGUGACUAUUUCUUUAAUAAGUGCACGGACUGAGUUAUUUAAUGUGUUAAUUUUUUGGUCUGUGUUUAAACAUCAGGAAGGAAAAAUCUAGUUUUACUUCAUUUUGAGGGCAUGUUUUAAUCCCCUCAUUCCCAACACUACAGAUGAAAUAAGUGCUCAAUACUUUAAGGAACAAAUCAGAUGAAAUCAUUUUGACUUUUAUUGGAGAAGAUUCACAGACUGACAGUUUGAGUAACUCUACAUUUGUGAGGGACUGAGAUGGAGACAACGCCACAGGCCUACGCAUGAAGAAUAAUCACACACACACACCUCCAACUUAACGCCUUCCCCUGAUAUUUGUCCUUUCUGUCACCUGUCAGGACCAGACGUUCACAUCAGGAAGCUGUGCGAUCUCCAAACAGGGGAGCAGUGUUGCAUUGUGGGAACCUUGUUCAAGCGUAUGGAGCUGCAGCCGUCUAUCCUCAAAGAGAUCAGUGAAGAGGUCUGCAGAGAUUAUUGAUUCACAGGCUGACCCUCUCUUCAUGAAACCAGCUCACAGCUGAUGGUUGAUGUGUGUUUUUUCUGUCUCCUGCAGCACAACCUGCUCCCUCAGCCUCCACGCUCCAAGUACAUCAGUGAAACAGACGAGCUGAACCUGGAGGACGAGCUCCAGAGGAUCAAACUGGAGGGAAAAAUUGACCGAGACAAGUGUGUGACAGGUAAGACAGAGACAUUACUCUCUGAAGAUCGUCACAAUCAGAUCAAGGAUCAUCGUUUGAGUCUUUUCUCCUCUCUGUUUCCCUUUCUCUUUCAGGGAGUGUUGUUGCUGUUUACGGAGCAGAGAGGAGUGAUGGGAAGUUCACAGUGGAGGACUUCUGCACGGCUGAUCUUCCUCCACAGACACCCAGACCUGCUCUCAGCUCGGACAGGUAAACACUCACAGAGAUCAUCUGUGGAUCCAGACCAGGUCUGAUCAUGUUUCUCUGAGGGGUCGUUGGUUGUUUUGCAGGUUUGUGCUCCUGGCUUCAGGACUUGGCCUCGGCAGUAGUCGCGCUGACAGCAUGCUGGGGCUCCAGCUGCUGAUCGACAUGGUGACGGGUCAACUGGGCGAUCAGGGGGAACAGAGCGGGGCCUCAACCAUCUCCAGAGUCCUGCUGGCUGGAAACCUUCUGAGCCAAAACACCCAGGACAAGGACGCAUCGACCAAGGUAGCUGGUUCAGCGCUGACACACAUCUGCACACGAUGAUCCUUAUCAGAAAGAGCGGACCACAAACCAGCUGAUAUAAAAUCAAUCAAAGUCCCUGUUCUGCUUUCUCUGUUUGUAAAGGCGAAGUACCUCACCAAGAAAACCCAGGCCAGCAGCGUGGAGGCGAUGCGUCUGCUGGACGAGCUGCUGCUUCAGCUUGUGGUGAGUCGUCAUUUUUCAUGUUUUCAUUCUUUGCUGCAGAGUCACCGUAUUUUUAAAGGGACAAUCCGCGCUGGAGUUACAGUCAGAGGUUUUGACUCUACCUUCAAUCUUUCAGUCUUUCUAAUUGUGCUGUCUCUGUCUGAUCGUUUAACUCUGUAGUUUCAGUGUACAAGAACAUCAGUAUGUAGUGGAGACGGACACUCUUCUUCUUCACUGUUAAAAGACCAUAAACUCAGAAGGUCACAGACGUUCUGGAAACCAUUGUGGACCAAAUAAAACCGAUGAUUCAGAUUUGGGUGUCUCUUUGUUUCUUCCUCCUGAUGUUUUCAGGCGUCAGUUUCCGUGGAUGUCAUGCCGGGCCAGUAUGACCCCACCAACUACACCCUUCCCCAGCAGCCCCUCCAUCGCUGCAUGUUCCCUCUGUCUUCAGUGUAUCCGACUCUGCACCUGACCUCCAACCCACACCAAGCUAACAUCGACGGAGUGAGGUAAGAGGUCACAUGAUCGCCUUCGUCAUCUAACUACAAACAAACAAACGUGUUGACAGUCCUCGUUCAUGUUUGUGGUUCCUCAAAGGUUCCUGGGAACAUCAGGUCAGAACGUCAGCGACAUCCAGAGGUACAGCUGCAGAGACAAUCACCUGGAGAUCCUGGAGGAGACGCUGCGACUCCGACACCUGGCCCCCACAGCCCCUGACACUCUCGGUCAGUCAGACCAGACGAUGCAAACCUGAACAGAAACUCUCUGAGCUCUUAUUUUCCAGCUCCUCACAGUUUUCUGUCGGUUUUUCAGGCUGUUACCCGUUUUACCAAAAAGACCCUUUCAUCCUGGAGGAGUGCCCCCAUGUGUACUUUAGUGGAAACGCACCAAGCUUAGAGUCCAAGCUCAUCAAAGGUGAGGUCGCAGAAACUGUUGGAUUUCAGAAGACCGUACUGAGCUGGGAGUAUGUUUUAGUUUUGAAGGUCUCAGUUCUGACUCCUCUCUAAGGUGGAGCCGGAAGAGUCGGAUCUUUGUGAGGGAAAUGAUCUGAAUCACUGCAGAGCUGAAUUUCCCGUCGCUCGCUGUUUUCACGCUGAAGUUAGUAACUUAAAGAUCGCAGUCAUUUUGAAGAAGGUCGUGUUACCUUCGUAGAGUUGCAGUAAUCCGUGAAUCUUAAUUUAAUACAUUUGGAUUAAAUCUGGACCUGGAUUACAGGGACUCUCUCUGUUGCAGCAGGAGGUCGAUUCUUUCAUCAGCGUUUUAACUUUUAAUGUUUUUGGUGAAUUUCAUGUUUGUCAAACUUCUGAGACACCGACUGAAAGUUUGUUUCUUUACUGUAAAAACCGUCACCAUCUCCUGAUCCAGACCCCGUUCAGAAGCACAGUUCUGGUUAUUUUCGGGGUUGUAUUUUGCGGCUCGGCUGAAGGCUUCACUGACUUGGAGCAGUCAGCUGACUCCGGCUUAUGUGCGUUUUGUGGUAGUUUUCUGUGCUCUGUGGUUUGCUUGUUAAUCCUGCAGUAGUUCAUGUUAACGGUCACUGAGGCAGCCUCUUUACUCUGCAUUCAGGGUUUGACUCUAACUUUGUUCACAUGUUCUCCUGAGUUAAAAAAGUAAGGAGCACAAAGAACUUUAGGGGAUCAAUGAAAACUGAUCAAAUAAUGUUUGUCUUAUUGAUCGACCUUAGUACUAUUAUUAGAAAUCAGUUUUAGGUCUUUUGGUCACAUGACAGUGAAGCUAUUGAAGGAAAACAGCCUUUUCUGAGAACAUCAACCGGUAAUUUAUUGACGGUCCCUUAUUCAACACCGACGUUGACAGUGAGGGUGUCGAGUAGAUUUAACCGCGCUGCUGUUGUUAUUCACGGUUAUGGAGAGUGAGAAGACACCGGUAGAUCCUCAGAGAAUGUCCGUCAGAUAUCCAACCUGAAACUAACUUCACCGCCGUAUUUACAGGAAAAUAUAUCCAACCUAAAACUAACUUCACCGCCGUAUUUACAGGAAAAUAUAUCCAACCUGAAACUAACUUCACCGCCGUAUUUACAGGAAAAUAUAUCCAACCUAAAACUAACUUCACCGCCGUAUUAACAGGAAAAUAUAUCCAACCUAAAACUAACUUCACCGCCGUAUUUACAGGAGAAUAUAUCCAACCUGAAACUAACUUCACCGCCGUAUUUACAGGAGAAUAUAUCCAACCUAAAACUAACUUCACUGCAGUAUUUACAGGAAAAUAUAUCCAACCUGAAACUAACUUCACCGCCAUAUUUACAGGAAAAUAUAUCCAACCUAAAACUAACUUCGCUGCAGUAUUUACAGGAAAAUAUAUCCAACCUGAAACUAACUUCACCGCCGUAUUUACAGGAAAAUAUAUCCAACCUGAAACUAACUUCACCGCCGUAUUUACAGGAAAAAAAACCAUUUGUUUCCUCGGCUGAUUUUUUUUUUAAGCGCACGUGACCCUAAAUAUAUUUUACAAUUCGCACACAUCUAUUUUUAGUCAUAAAUGUGAGUGAAGCGGUCGCACUGUCGAGUCCUGACAUUGUCUAAAAUGAUCCUGUUGACACUAAAACCCAUCGUACUCGUGUGACGGUGUGAUUCUUCUCUUCUCAACAGGUCCUGAUGGGCAGGAAGUGCUUCUGGUCACCGUCCCCGAGUUCAGCACCACCCAGACUGUGUGUUUGGUUAAUUUACGUACUCUUGAGUGUGAGCCGGUCAGCUUCUCUGCGUUUUCUGCUGAAGAAGACGAAGAAAGUGAGAUGAACAUCAGCCACUGAGGGAUCAGAUCUGAUGAACCGUCUGACCUUCACCGUGGACCAGGCGAGCGUUCGGUCAGAGAACUCAAACCGAUCCUGGAGAGGAAGAGGUCAUUGGAUCACUUUGACCUGAUGUGCUACAAAAGAGAAGAGGAGGCGUGUGUCUGAACGAGCCUUUAUUAGAAAAAUCACUCUUUUCUUACAGCUGUGUGAGAGGAAACUACAGAACCCUCCUCUGUUACAAACGGACCUUCACUGACUGCUCAUACUGUAAAAAUACGUCUGCCAUCCAUGAAGACAGUGUAAAUAGUUCAACUCUGAAGUUUUGUUUAUGUGCAUCUACAAUAAAACACUUUGAUGAAGA